AUGAACGCCUUCAUCUCUGGCGCGGCGUCUCUUUUCUUUGGAAGCGUGUCUGCGGCCUCUGACAAGGUCAAGACCUGGGGCCGGAAUAUCAAGUGGGUUUCGCUGAAGGAGGGACAGCAGAUGGCCAGGGAGCAGAGAAAGCCGGCGAUGAUUGUCUUCCACAAGCCGUGGUGCCGAGCUUGUAAAGCUCUGAGACCGAGGUUUGCCAACAGUCAGGACAUCGAGCACUUGGCGUCAGACUUCGUCAUGAUCAGUGUCGAGGAAGAUGACUCUCCCAAGAGUUCUGACCUGAGCCCUGACGGAGCCUACAUCCCGAGGAUUCUGUUUCUGGAUCCGUCUGGAAACGUCAUGAAACACGUGACAGCCAAGGGAACAGAAGGUUACAAAUAUUACUACAAUGAAACCAAGUCAAUUGUAGACAGUAUGAAGCAGGUUCUGAAACAGACCACCAACCCCAGACACUACAAGACUAAAUAG